CAGAGACUUUGGUUUUGGUAUAUCCAUUUUGCUUUGCGAGAAGCAAAGCGGAGGUAAAGUGAUACAAUAAUUCUCAGACUCCUCAAACCCUAGUUCAAGGGUUUUGUUAUGCACUACAUUGAAUUGGCUCAGUGGAAGUUUCAGCAGUUUAAGACUCAGAAAACCCCCUAGUGGAUUGUUAGAAUUGGCUCAAGAAGCCAGUGUUUGGUGUAAGUAUUACCAAGAAAACUGCAGUUGUAAUUGGCUAUUGGUACUGUUUCUCCAUUUAGAACCUUGCAAAAGAUGGUGUGGAAACCUUUGGUUCAGGUCUCAACAUGCCCGACAGUGCUGUCUUCAUCAUUGAUUGCCCUUCCAAGUAGUUCUUCAAAUUGCUUGCCUUGUCUUCCAACAAGAUCACACAUAAAACUCAACAGGGUAAGAGCUAUGUCUGCUGAUGCAGGUCAUAGCCAGCCAUCUUCUUCUUCUGAGAAAAAGAAUCCGCUUGGAGUUGUUUUGGAUAUUCCUAGGAAUAUUUGGAGGCAAACAUUACGCCCAUUGAGUGAUUUUGGGUUUGGCCGUAGGAGCAUUUGGGAAGGUGGGGUUGGGUUGUUUCUAGUGUCUGGUGCAGUUCUUUUUGCACUUAGUUUGGCGUGGUUGAGAGGGUUUCAAAUGCGGUCUAAAUUCAGGAAGUACUUUGGUGUUUUCGAAUUUGCCCAGGCUAGUGGUAUUUGCACAGGAACGCCAGUGAGGAUUAGGGGGGUGACUGUUGGCAAUGUCAUCCGUGUUAAUUCUUCCUUGAAAAGUAUUGAAGCAGUUGUUGAGGUCGAAGAUGAUAAAAUAAUCAUUCCUCAAAAUUCACUGGUUGAAGUGAACCAGUCUGGUCUUCUCAUGGAAACUAUGAUUGAUAUUACACCUCGAGAUCCAAUCCCAACACCUUCAGUGGGACCUCUUGACCCAGAAUGUGUUAAAGAGGGUCUUAUUUUAUGUGAUAGGCAGAAGCUGAAGGGAUAUCAAGGAGUAAGUUUGGAUGCAUUGGUCGGGAUAUUUACCCGUCUAGGACGGGAGGUGGAGGAAAUUGGUGUUGCCAAUACUUAUUUGCUGGCUGAACGAGUAUCUUUAGUUAUUGAAGAGGCAAAGCCUCUGCUUACAAAGAUCAAAGCCAUGGCUGAUGAUGUUCAACCUUUGCUGGCCGAGGUUCGUGAUAGUGGUCUGCUAAAGGAAGUUGAGAAUCUAACCAGAAGCCUUACGCAAGCCUCUGAGGAUCUGAGAAAGGUGCAUUCAUCUGUUAUGACCCCUGAGAAUACUGAGCUGAUUCAGAAGUCCAUUUACACCCUGAUUUUUACCUUGAAGAACAUUGAGAAUAUAAGCUCUGAUAUUCUGGGAUUCACGGGCGACGAGGCUACAAGACGGAAUCUAAAAUUGCUUAUCAAGUCCCUAAGCAGGCUAUUGUGAAGACAAAAAUAAAAGGUGGAAAUAGGAUAUAUGGUAGCUUACAGCAGAAAAUUAGAUGUUCAAAAACACUUGUCCUUUGUUUAUCAUAGGAGGAUCUGCUUCUUUUGGUAGCAGGAAAGCAGCAUUCAAUGCUGUUCUUCAUGUAGCAUUCUUUUGCCUCAGCGGAAAUGCCCAAUCAAGUUUUCCUUUCCCUAACAAGGAUGAUGAUUUUAUCAGUGGAGGUUUUGUUUGUGGCUACAGAAAGCCUUUGAUUUUAAGAUGAAAAAAUUUGCACUCCAGUGUAGUUUGGACUUUGGAGGCUUCUUCUUCAUAUGUUUCCAUUGUCCACUUUUCUUUAA